CCCUGCAGAGAGCAAUGGCUGAUAAUGAGGAUGCCGCCGACAAUAGUAUUCAGCCCUCAGAAUGCACACCAGGAGAACAAGACGCGGACAAAGCGCCGUCAACUAAACCUGACACGGAGAUCUCACCUCCGCUCAUCUCCAUAAAUUCCAGUGAAGAUCAACCUGGAGAACCAAAUCGGCACAGGCGUGUAGGUGCUACAAGAUUGAAAAAUUUAGGAUUAGGACAAGCUAGAACAGCAGCAUCUCCAACAACAUCGGUCUCAACUCAAGGAAAGAAGACCUUGCUACUUUCCACUGAAGCAAAAAAGGAAAUGAUAAAACAAGCCAAAGCAGCGAGGGAAGAACGGAAGUCUCAAAUGGAUUCACGUCAUAACUAUGUUGUAUCUAAAUUGGCAGAUGGAACAGGUCUGGACGAAACAGUUGUGCUGGAUUUCAUAAUAUCAGAUGAAAAGUAUCACAUGAUUGAAGAAUUCUUUGCACCAAAUGGUUCUAAAAAAUUAUUAUUUUAUUACCAAGAAAUAGCUGCAAACAUAGAUUUGAAACGUUUAAGUGCUGACACAUCCAGAAACAUGCCUCAGAAAAGGCUGUUCAUCACUGAUGGCUCAGUUGAGGGUUUGACAGGAACUUGUUUAUUUUUUCUCCGAACUACGAAUAAAAGCAUCAGCUCAGCAAAUGUUUCUCAGGAAGUAAAUUUUGGCAUGCUGAAUUGUUCUGAGGAGAAUCUACUUCAAGCGUUGGAGAAGCUUCUUGGUAAUGUAAUGGUACCUGCGCUGCGAUCCCAAGAGAAUUGGGGAUCUAUUAAAGAAGGACUAAAGAAUGCUCAGAUUCAAGAGUUCUUUGAAUCCUUGGACAAGUUUGUCAGCAACUUGACUUCAGCCAGAAAAAACAUGGAACAGCAAAUUAUUCUUACAGAGGUGACUACUGCUUACAACAUUGAUGACCUGCAUACUCCCUCAGACUAUUUGAUUGCAGCUAACAACUCUGAGUUUGUGGAGCAGCUUGAGGGGGUGCUGAUGUCAUGGAGUAAACAAAUCGAACAAGUUUUAGCUGAAAGUGAGCAAAUGAGAAAAGAAGCAGAUGACAUUGGUCCUUCUGCAGAACUCGAUCAUUGGAAGAUGAGAAUGGCUAAGUUUAAUAGCCUUCUUGAUCAAAUUAAGAGUCAUCAAGUAAGAAGAGUUAUAGGUAUUCUUCAGGUUGCAAAGUCCAGGUCAUUGAAACAUUGGAGAAAACUGGAUGGCAAUAUUACAGAUGCGGCCAAUGAGGCUAAGGAUAAUGUGAAAUAUCUAUACACACUGGACAAGUUCUUUGGGCCCCUUGUGAAAUGCUCACCGGCCACCAUGAUUGAACAUGUCCCUAAUUUGAUGAACAGUAUUCGAAUGAUCCACAGCAUUUCAAAGUACUACAAUACAUCAGAGCAUAUGACCUCUCUUUUUAUCAAAGUUACCAAUCAAAUGAUCACUACAUGCAAAAAGUACCUCCAUCAGAACACUGGAAAAAUUUGGGAGCAUGACAGAGAGGAAUUUCUGAAGAGAAUCAAGGAUUGUAUGCAGUUAAACCUUGAAUAUCAAAAACACUUCCAACGAAUCAGGGAGAAGCUUCGGGAAAAUCCAAAGGAGAGACAGUUUGAAUUUAGUGAAAACUAUAUAUUUGGCAAAUUUGACACAUUUUGUAAGCGACUGGAGAAGAUUAUGCAUGUGAUAAGCACCAUGGAAAGCCUCUCUGAUCUGCAGAACGUUAAAAUGGAGGGAUUUGACAAAAUAUACUUGCGAUAUCAGACAAUUAUCACCAGUUUGAAAUCAAAGACUUAUGAUGUACUGGAUCACAGAAAGCAGGAGUUUGACAAUGACUAUCAGGAAUUCAGACUCCAGAUGGAAGGACUGUACCAGUCAAUGCAGACUUUCAUGGAUUCUUGGUUUGAACAAUCUAUAACUAUAGAACGCAUGCUUGAGUUGCUGGGAAAGUUUGAAUGUAUUGCUGGAUCACAACUGGAACUAACAGACAAGUAUCUAGUUGUCCUGCAACGUUUUGCACGAGAUUUAGACCUAGUGCGGAAGAUCUAUCAGAAACAAAGAGAAAAUCCACCUGUACCUCGUAACAUUCCACCUGUGUCUGGGAAGAUUAUGUGGGCCCGACAGCUAUUCAGAAAAAUAGACAUUCCCAUGAAGUUUCUGAAAAAUGACACUGAAAUUUUGAAGAGCCCUGAAAUGAAAAAAGUUAUCAAGAAUUACAACAAAAUGGCAGCUGUUCUGCUGGAGUUUGAGAUGCUAUAUCACAGGGGUUGGUGCCGAGCAGUUGACUUGGCUCGAAAUGGACUUCAGGCUUCACUGAUUGUGCGACACCCUGAGACCAAGGAAAUCUUAGUGAACUUCGACCCUGCCCUGCUUGAGUUACUUUCUGAAGCAAAGUACAUUUAUAAAAUGGGGCUUGAAGUGCCACAAGGAGCUCUCAACCUAUGGUUAAAAGAGGCAGAAAUUAAGCACCAUUAUUUAAGCAUUCAGGAGCUUUUACGUGACUAUCAAAAUGUGGUGAACAGCAUCCCAUCUACUAUUCAACCAUUGAUGAAGCCGUUUAUUAGCCAAGUGGAUGAAGCUCUCAUCCCUGGAUUAACUAUGUUGUCUUGGACCUCCUUAAACAUUGAAAAAUUUGUAGAUAAUGUGUACCUUCCACUGACGGAGCUGAGGCAGGUGGUGAAACAAGUAUCUGACAUGUUGGAGUGCAGGAUUGAGAGGGUUCUGUAUGAAAUGUCUCUUACUGCCCUGGUCGACCUUCCUGAAGAUGACUUGGUAGAAGUCCCUGCUUUUCUACAGAUGACUGAAAAUAUUGUUGCUUCAGCUGGACAAACUUUGUCUAUACAAAGCCAGCAGGUGGAACAUUCAAUGUAUCAGUUAAUGGACUCAUUGAAAGGAAAACUAAAGCCAACAGAACAAGUCAAUCUUGAGGAUACCUAUGCAUGUUUGCAUCCUGAUGCAAAGCAAAAAACUCGUUGUCAAGAAUGUUUGCCCUGCUGCUUCUAUAACCUAAUGGGACAACUUUGCCAAAAGAAUAUCGACGCCUUGGUAAAAUGUACCAGGUUAUCAUUGGAUUCUCUCAAGCGUCAUUUACAUGUCAGCAGUUCUAAAUAUGAGGCAACAAAACCAUUUCCUAAUGCUGCUGUUGAGACACCAAAAGCUCCAUUCUUCAAAUCUAAGAUUAUACUGGCAAUUCCAUGUGUAGUCAUGCGACCAAGCUUAGAGGAUAUUCAGUCCAUCCUUAACAGGGCAGUGAACAUAAUUCUUUCCAUGUCUAAAGAGAUUCCUCUUUGGUCCUUUGCCCAUCUGCAUUUGAAACAACAGCAGAUUGAACAGAAUGCUGCUCGAGAACUGGGUGAUGACAGUAUGCUUGGUAAACCGGUGGUGCUCAAAUCUAUUGAUAAACAGAUUAGUGAACACAAGGAUGUCACUAAGGUUGUGAUCCAACUUAGUUCCGUUAUUUCCAAUUUAAAGAGCGAUGCAGCAAAAAUUCUUGACACAUUCUCUCCUUUCUCCCACUUGUGGAACCAGGAUCCAGUUGAAAAAGUGAAGGAAUUUAUGGAUUCAAAUCCAAUCUUUGCUGAGUUCAAUGAGCAAAUCACAAAUUAUGCUAGAUUGGAGAGCCAGACUGAUGAGUUGCCUUCUUGUUAUGAAGUGGGCUCAGUUCAAUUUGACACACAGCAGUUGAAGCUGGCUUUGAUACAGGAAUGUCGCAUGUGGAAGAGAGCCUUUGGCACAGCCUUGAACAGAAAAACUGCAACAGAAAUGGAUGAGAUUUUCUCUUUUAUUGAAAAUCUUAGCAAACGACUGAGCCGACCAAUUAAUGAUUUGGAUGACGUGCGUGGAGCCAUGGCAGCACUAAAAGAAAUCAGAGAUGCCGAGAUAAAGAUUGACAUGACCAUUGAACCUAUUGAAGAAACCUAUGCCCUCCUCAAUAAGCAUGAACUACUUUUUCAAGAUGGAAAUGCUGAGAGAGUUGAUGGAUUAGCUUAUGCCUGGAAGAACUUAAAUGCACAGGUUGUGCAGACACAGAAUAUACUUUUAAAAGUGGAACCUGCCAUGAAGACUGAUCUGUUGGGUGGGGUAAAAGUCUUCCAAUCCAACAUUCAGAACUUUUAUCAUGAUUAUGAUACAAAGGGCCCUGCUGCUGAUGGCCUUCCACCUCAAGAAGCCAGCGAAAGGCUGCAGAUCUUUCAGACCAACUUUGAUGAGCUCUGGCGGAAAUUUACUACUUAUUCUGCAGGAGAAGAACUCUUUGGGUUGCCUGUCAUUGAUUAUCCUGAUUUACAGAGAAUAAGACGUGAACUCACAUUACUUCAGAAAUUGUAUGGUCUGUACAAUUCAGUUAUCGAUAACGUCAGUGGUUACAAUGACAUUCUGUGGAGCGAUUUGGAUAUUGAAAAAAUCAACAAUGAACUUCUGGAUUUUCAGAACAAAAUACGGAAAUUACCCAAAGCCUUGAAGGAGUGGCAAGCUUUCAAUGAUCUGAAAAAGAAGAUUGAUGAUUUCAGUGAAACUUGUCCAUUGCUUGAAAUGAUGGCAAACAAAGCUAUGAUGCCAAGACACUGGGAAAGGAUUGCACAGGUCACUGGACAUACUUUUGAUGUGGAAUCUGAACAAUUUUCUCUUAAGAAUAUAACAGAGGCACCAUUACUAAAAUAUAAAGAGGAUAUAGAGGACAUUUGUAUUAGUGCAGGCAAAGAGAAGGACAUUGAAGCAAAACUAAAAGCUGUGAUAAAUGAAUGGAAUGGUCAUGUACUCACUUUUGCCCCAUUCAAGACGAGGGGUGAAUUGCUGCUUAAAGGAUCAGAUAUCGUGGAGAACAUUGCACUGAUGGAGGACAGCCUAAUGAUAUUGGGCUCAUUAAUGAGUAACAGGUAUAAUGCACCAUUUAAGCCCACAAUUCAACAGUGGGUGCAGAAGCUCUCAAAUACUACAGAAAUAAUUGAAAACUGGCUUACAGUUCAAAACCUUUGGAUUUACUUGGAAGCCGUGUUUGUUGGUGGAGAUAUUGCAAAGCAGCUACCACAGGAGGCCAAAAGAUUUCAGAACAUUGACAAGUCAUGGCAGAAAAUUAUGCAACGAGCUCAUGAUAAUACAAACAUUGUGUUGUGCUGUGUAGGUGAUGAAACCUUAGCACAACUUUUACCACAUUUACUGGAGCAGUUAGAGAUGUGUCAGAAAUCACUUACUGGGUAUCUGGAAAAGAAACGCCUGUUAUUUCCCAGGUUUUUCUUUGUUUCUGACCCAGCUCUGCUAGAAAUCCUUGGUCAAGCAUCUGACUCUCAUACAAUACAGGCUCACCUCUUAAGUCUUUUUGACAAUGUUAAUAGAGUGAGAUUUAACGAAAAAAAUUACGACCAGAUCCUUUGCUUUGAAUCUCAGGAAGGAGAAGAAGUUGAUCUCAUUGAACCAGUCACGGCACAGGGCAAUGUGGAAGUCUGGCUGGGGCAGCUCCUGAAUGGGGUCAGAAAGACAAUUCACAGUGUUAUUCGACAAGCUUCAACAGCAAUCACAGAUAGUGAAAUUAAACUAUAUGAGUUUCAGAAUAUGUUCCCUGCACAGAUAGGUUUGCUAGGUAUUCAGAUGAUCUGGACUAAAAACUCUGAAGAAGCUUUGAAUAAUGCCAGAUUUGAUAAGAAGAUAAUGCAAACUACAAAUCAGGCAUUUCUGGAUAUGCUUAAUGACUUGAUUGAUAUGACAACUCGAGAAUUAACAAAAAUGGAACGAACAAAAUAUGAAACCCUUAUCACCAUCCAUGUACACCAGAAAGACAUUUUUGAUGAUCUGGUUCGAAUGAACAUUAAAUCUCCAUCUGACUUUGAAUGGCAAAAGCAAUCCCGGUUUUACUUUGUAGAGGACACAGACAAAUGUAUUAUUCAGAUCACAGAUGUUGAGUUCUGCUAUUGCAAUGAAUAUCUAGGAUGUACAGAUAGACUUGUAAUAACACCAUUAACUGACAGGUGUUAUAUUACACUGUCUCAGGCCUUGGGGAUGAGCAUGGGUGGUGCACCAGCAGGACCUGCAGGCACAGGAAAGACAGAAACUACCAAAGACAUGGGGAAAUGUCUUGGCAAGUACGUCGUUGUAUUUAAUUGCUCAGAUCAGAUGGACUAUAGAGGUCUAGGCCGUAUCUAUAAAGGUUUGGCACAGUCUGGUGCAUGGGGUUGCUUUGAUGAAUUUAAUCGCAUUGAGUUGCCUGUGCUAUCAGUAGCCGCUCAACAAAUUUAUAUUGUACUACAGUGUAAGAAGAACAAAAAGUCACAUUUUCUUUUCACUGAUGGUGACACCGUAGAAAUGGACAGAGAGUUUGGUAUAUUUCUAACUAUGAAUCCAGGUUAUGCAGGACGUCAGGAACUACCUGAAAAUCUAAAGAUUCAGUUCCGAUCCGUAGCCAUGAUGGUGCCGGAUCGUGCUAUUAUCAUGCGAGUCAAGUUAGCCAGUGCCGGUUUCCGUGAUAACCAAAUCCUCAGUCGGAAGUUUUAUACACUCUACAAACUCUGUGAGGAGCAGUUAUCUAAACAGGUGCAUUAUGACUUUGGUUUGCGUAACAUUUUGUCUGUGCUGAGGACCCUGGGUGCUGUUAAGAGAUCAAACCCAAGUGAACCUGAGAAGACAGUUGUCAUGAGAGUUCUGCGGGACAUGAAUCUUUCUAAACUGGUGGAUGAAGAUGAGCCUCUGUUUAUGAGUUUAAUAAAUGAUCUGUUUCCUGGGAUUACAUUGGAUAAAGCUGGCUACCCGGAGCUAGAAACGGCCAUUGAGAAGCAAACCACAGAUGCAGGAAUUAUCUACCAUCCACCUUGGAUCCUAAAGCUGAUUCAACUCUAUGAAACUCAAAGAGUUCGACAUGGUAUGAUGACUCUCGGUCCUAGCGGUGCGGGGAAAACAAGAUGUAUCAAUACCUUGAUGAAAGCUAUGACAGACUGUGGAGCACCACACAAAGAAAUGCGAAUGAAUCCAAAAGCAAUAACAGCCUCCCAAAUGUUUGGUACCUUGGAUGUUGCAACAAAUGAUUGGACAGAUGGUAUUUUUUCUACUCUCUGGAGGAAAACAUUGAAAGCAAAGAAGGGAGAACACAUUUGGAUAGUACUGGACGGACCUGUGGAUGCCAUUUGGAUUGAGAACCUUAACUCCGUUUUAGAUGAUAACAAAACUCUUACACUAGCGAAUGGUGAUCGCAUCCCAAUGGCACCAAACUGUAAAAUUGUUUUUGAACCCCAUAACAUUGACAAUGCCUCUCCAGCCACUGUAUCCCGAAAUGGCAUGGUGUUUAUGAGUUCUUCAGUGCUAGACUGGAGACCUGUACUUAAAGCAUGGCUUCAAAAAUUGCCCAAAGCACUAUCUGAACAACUUUGGAACUGUUUUGAUAAUGUUUUCCAGGAUUUAAUCAGUUUUGUCUUCACCGCUGUGUCACCGAAGAUGCAACUUCUGGAAUGUAUGUACAUUAAACAAGCCAUUGACCUUCUGCAGGGCCUGUUGCCAGAAACUGAAGACAAGCAGCCUAGCCCUGAGCAGGUGGAACGGUUAUUCAUUUUUGCUGUUAUGUGGUCUAUUGGAGCGCUUCUGGAAUUGGAUGACAGAGCUAAAAUGGAAAGUUUUCUGCGGAAUCACGCUGCACCUCUGCAGCUUCCAGUGACUGAAGAAGAAGAAACAAUCUUUGAAUUUGUUGUUAGUGCUGAUGGUCAUUGGGAGCACUGGUCAAAGAGGGUGCCUGAAUAUACAUACCCAUCGGACUCAGUCCCAGACUAUUUAUCAAUACUUGUACCAAAUGUGGACAAUAUCCGUACCGACUUUCUCAUGCACACAGUGAUGAAACAGGAAAAGGCUGUAUUGCUCAUUGGUGAACAGGGAACAGCCAAGACUGUUAUGAUAAAGGGCUAUAUGAGCAAGUAUAAUCCUGAAGUCCAUGCAACUAAAAGUUUGAACUUCUCCUCUGCCACUCUGCCAAAUAUGUUCCAAAGGACUAUUGAAAGUUAUGUGGAUAAACGCAUGGGUAGUACAUAUGGUCCACCCAGUGGUAAAAAAAUGACUGUGUUUAUUGAUGACAUUAACAUGCCUGUGAUUAAUGAAUGGGGUGAUCAGAUAACCAAUGAGAUUGUCCGACAGCUAAUGGAACAGAAGGGCUUCUACAACCUGGAAAAACCUGGAGAGUUCACCAGCAUUGUUGAUGUACAGUUUGUGGCUGCUAUGAUUCAUCCUGGCGGUGGCAGAAAUGACAUCCCUCAACGUCUCAAGAGACAAUUCACAAUUUAUAACUGUACACUACCAUCAAAUGCAUCCAUUGAUAAGAUCUUCAGAACCAUAGCAAGUGGCUAUUUUUGUGAGCAGCGUGGUUUUCCUGAAGAGGUUUGCAAACUAGCCUCAGCUUUAGUAUCAACCACUCGCAAAUUGUGGCAAGCUACCAAGAUUAAGAUGCUUCCCACUCCAGCCAAAUUUCAUUAUAUUUUCAAUCUCCGUGACCUUAGUCGUAUUUGGCAAGGAAUCCUCAAUGUCACAUCAGAGGUGUGCCAGUCUACAGAUGUUUUGGUAUCUCUCUUUCAGCAUGAAUGUACUCGUGUUAUUGCAGAUCGCUUUACCAAUCAACAGGACAAGGAUUGGUUUGAUGCCACAGUAAACAAGAUAGCUUCAGAAGAUCACGGUGAUACGAUUUUAGCAAAUAUACAGAAAGAAGCCUACUUUGUUGAUUUCCUGCGUGAUGCUCCAGAGGCAACUGGAGAUGAACCAGAUGACAUGGAAUUGGAAGCUCCUAAAAUUUAUGAACCUAUUCCAUCAUUUGAUGAGUUGAGUGAACGCCUAAAGUUGUAUAUGGAGCAAUACAAUGAAGCUAUCAGAGGUGCAAAGAUGGAUUUGGUGUUUUUCAAGGAUGCCAUGAUACAUUUGGUAAAGAUAUCUCGGAUCAUUCGAACUCCACAAGGAAAUGCUUUGCUAGUAGGUGUCGGUGGAUCUGGAAAACAGAGCCUUACUAGACUGGCAUCAUAUAUUGCAGGAUAUCAAAGCUUUCAGAUUAUACUCACAAGAACAUACAACACAAGCAAUCUAAUGGAUGAUCUGAAGAUUUUAUACCGAAUAGCUGGACAAAAAGGUUUGGGAAUGGCAUUCAUAUUUACAGACAAUGAAAUAAAAGAUGAGUCCUUCUUGGAAUACAUGAACAAUGUUCUUGCCUCUGGUGAAGUCUCAAACCUCUUUGCUCGUGAUGAAGUUGACGAAAUCACCCAAGAUUUAAUCCCUGUAAUGAAAAAGGAGUAUCCUAGGCGACCACCUACCCCUGAGAAUCUCUAUGAUUACUUCCUUUCAAGAGUGCGUAGUAAUCUCCAUGUGGCUCUUUGCUUUUCUCCUGUUGGGGAGAAGUUCCGUACUCGUUCAUUGAAAUUUCCUGGCCUGAUUUCUGGUUGCACAAUGGACUGGUUUCAGCGUUGGCCCAAAGAUGCUCUUGUUGCUGUUGCUCAGCAUUUCUUAGCUUCAUAUAAAAUUGAGUGUACAGCACAAGUUAAACAAAGUAUUGUGAGCACAAUGGGGACAUUUCAAGAUACCGUGGCAGAGAAAUGUGUUGAAUACUUCGAACGAUUCAGGCGUCAGACCUAUGUGACCCCCAAAUCUUACUUGUCUUUUAUUGGAGGCUACAAAACUAUUUAUGGAGAGAAAUUUGCUCAUGUGGAAAUGUUGUCUAACAGAAUGAAAACAGGCUUGGCAAAGCUAAUGGAGGCUGAGGUGUCAGUAAAUGAACUUUCCAAAGAACUUGUGAUUAAGGAAAAAGAUUUAGCAGUUGCUUCGAAAAAGGCAGAUGAAGUUCUGCAGGAAGUGACCUUAAAGGCUCAGGCUGCCGAGACUGUUAAAACCCAGGUUCAAAAAGUGAAAGACAAAGCUCAGCUUCUUGUAGAUGAAAUAGCAGCUGACAAGCAUGUAGCUGAAACUAAACUGGAAGCAGCUAAGCCCGCAUUAGAAGAAGCUGAAGCAGCUUUACAGACUAUUAAACCAGCUGAUAUUGCCACAGUGCGCAAAUUAGGCAAGCCACCUCACUUGAUCAUGCGAAUCAUGGACUGUGUGCUGCUUCUUUUCCAAAGAAAAGUAGAUCUUGUCACUGUGGAUCCAGAUCGACCAUGUGUGAAACCUUCCUGGGGUGAAGCUUCAAAGUUGAUGAACAACGCUUCGUUUCUUAACAUGUUGCUGACAUUUGCAAAGGAUAGCAUCACUGGAGAGGUUGUGGAUUUGCUGCAACCAUACCUAGAUAUGGAUGACUACAAUCUUGAGACUGCUAAAAAAGUAUGUGGGAACGUUGCGGGCCUCUGUUCAUGGACGAAGGCCAUGGCAAGCUUCUAUGAUAUUAAUAAAGAAGUACUUCCAUUGAAGGCAAAUCUGACUCUGCAAGAAGCCAAACUAGUUGUUGCCCAAGAGGAACUGAAUAAUGCCCAAGCACAACUGGAUGAGAAGCAACGGGAACUAGAUCAAGUACAGGCCAUGUACGAUGCUGCAAUGUCAGAAAAACAAGCAUUACUUGAUGAUGCUGAGGCUUGUAGGAAGCGAAUGAAUAAUGCCACUGCCCUUAUUGAAGGUCUGGGUGGUGAAAAGGUUCGGUGGACAGAAAGCAGUAAACUUUUCCAGGACCAGAUUAUACGUUUAGUUGGUGAUGUCCUGUUAGCUACUGGAUUCCUCUCUUACUCUGGCCCUUUUAAUCAAGAAUACAGGAACAUUUUGUUUCAGAUAUGGAAAGAUGAGAUGAGUAGCAAUAAAAUUCCAUUCAGUGAUGACAUGAAUCUAAUUAGCAUGUUGGUUGAUAAUGCUACCAUUGGUGAAUGGAAUCUCCAGGGCCUUCCAAGUGACGACCUGUCAGUACAGAACGGCAUUAUAGUAACCAAAGCAGCAAGGUACCCUCUUCUGAUUGAUCCACAAGGACAAGGCAAAAUCUGGAUUAAAAAUAAAGAAAAAGACAAUGAACUGCAGAUAACAUCAUUGAAUCAUAAGUACUUCAGGACACAUCUAGAGGAUUGUCUAUCUUUGGGGCGCCCCCUACUAAUGGAGGAUAUAGGCGAGGAACUGGAUCCUGCUCUUGACAAUGUGUUGGAAAAGAACUUUAUUAAAUCAGGAUCAACUUAUAAAGUGAAAGUUGGUGACAAAGAAGUUGACGUAAUGUCAGGAUUUACCCUGUAUAUCACCACCAAAUUAGCCAAUCCUGCCUACACACCUGAAAUCAGCGCAAAAACAGCCAUUAUUGACUUCACCGUCACAAUGAGAGGACUAGAAGACCAACUUCUUGGUCGAGUGAUCCUCAUCGAAAAACAGGAACUGGAAUCGGAGAGAGUACAAUUGAUGGAAGAGGUCACAUCGAACAAACGGAGAAUGCAGGAGUUGGAAGAUAAUUUGUUAUAUCGUUUAACCAGCACUGAAGGAUCACUAGUAGAAGAUGAAUCAUUGAUUGAAGUGCUCCAGGUUACUAAGAUAACAGCUGAAGAGGUGAGUGACAAACUGAGUAUAGCGGCAGAAACAGAGGUGAAGAUUAACGCAGCCCGUGAGGAGUAUCGGCCUGUGGCAUCGCGUGGCAGCAUUCUUUACUUCCUCAUUGUUGAAAUGAGUUUAGUGAAUGUGAUGUACCAGACAUCACUUCGACAGUUCCUGGGUAUUUUUGACAUAUCCAUGGAGAGAUCAGCAAAAUCACAAGUCACCUCCAAAAGAAUUGCCAAUAUCAUCGAAUAUCUCACCUAUGAAGUAUUCAGGUACACUGUUCGGGGCCUGUACGAGAAUCACAAAUACCUCUUCACCCUGCUUAUGGCACUAAAGAUUGAUUUGCAAUGCAAGAAGAUUUCUCAUGAAGACUUUCAGACUCUGAUUAAAGGUGGGGCAUCGUUAGACCUCAAUUCUGUAGAGCCCAAACCAAAGAAAUGGAUCAUUGACAUUACCUGGCUAAAUCUGGUACAGCUCUCUCAGUCGUACCCAUUCACCCAACUACUUGCACAAGUGACCAAAAAUGAUAAAGCUUGGAAGGCUUGGUUUGAUGAUGAAGCUCCUGAGGAAUCGCCUCUCCCUGAUGGAUACGACACGACUUUGGACACGUUCCGCAAAUUAUUACUUAUUCGGAGCUGGUGCCCAGAUCGUACUAUUGCUCAGGCACGUCAUUAUAUUGCUGAGUCCCUUGGACCAAAAUACGCAGAAGGGGUUAUUCUAGAUAUGGAAGCGAUGUGGGCAGAAGGUGAUAAUCGAAUUCCUUUGGUUUGCUUCCUUUCCAUGGGUUCUGAUCCUACUGAAAAUAUUGAGCGUUUGGCCAAGACCAAGAAUGUCCCUUGUCGGGCCAUAUCCAUGGGCCAGGGUCAGGAAGUUCAUGCAAGGCGUUUGUUGACUCAGAGCAUGCAGGAUGGCGGCUGGCUUCUUUUACAGAACUGCCAUUUGGGCUUGAAUUUCAUGGAUGAACUUUUAGAUACCCUAACCACAACAGAGACAAUGCAUGAUGGAUUUAGGACCUGGAUCACGACAGAAGUCCAUCCAAAAUUUCCCAUCAAUUUAUUACAGUCAUCUAUUAAGUUUACUAACGAGCCCCCUCAAGGUGUGAAAGCUGGACUGAAGCGUACCUACUGCAGUAUUAGUCAGGAACAGCUGGAUGUCAGCAAUAUGCCGCAGUGGAAACCCUUAUUAUACGCUGUAGCCUUCCUCCAUACUACUGUCCAGGAAAGACGUAAGUUUGGACCUCUUGGAUGGAACAUUCCAUAUGAAUUUAAUCAGGCGGAUUUUACUGCCAGUGUACAAUUUGUACAAAAUCACCUGGAUGACAUGGAUGUUAAACGCGGUGUGAACUGGAACUGCUUGCGUUACAUGCUGGGGGAAGUACAGUAUGGAGGACGUGUAACAGAUGAUCUGGACAAGCGACUACUCAACACAUUUGCUAAUGUCUGGUUUGGGGAAAGCAUGUUCACAGAUAAAUUCUGCUUCUACAAAGGCUAUGUCAUUCCAUACGGCAAGACAAUUCAAGAUAUUCUGCAGUACAUUGACAGUCUGCCACUGGUUGAUAGUCCUGAGGUAUUUGGACUUCAUUCAAAUGCAGAUAUAACUUAUCAGACUAACAUGGCAAAUGAGACUCUGAAUACAAUAGUCAACAUCCAACCAAAGGACAGUGGUGGUGGUGGAGGAGAGACUAGAGAAAGCACCGUACAACGGCUUGCAAAUGAAAUGCUGGAAAAGCUGCCACCAGACUAUAUCCCACAUGAGGUGAAAGCUCGACUGCAGAAAAUGGGGGCAAUCCAACCAAUGAACAUUUUCUUACGUCAGGAAAUUGAUCGAAUGCAACGCAUUCUUUCACGAGUUUGGAGUACACUGACAGACCUGAAAUUGGCCAUAGAUGGAACAAUCAUAAUGUCCGAGGAUCUUAGAGAUGCUCUUGACAACAUGUAUGAUGCCCGGAUUCCAAAACUCUGGUUUAAAAUUUCCUGGGAGUCGGCUACUCUUGGAUUCUGGUUUACAGAGCUGCUCGAAAGAAAUCAACAAUUUCACACCUGGAUUUUUGAUGGACGACCAAACCAAUUCUGGAUGACAGGAUUUUUUAAUCCUCAGGGUUUUUUGACGGCAAUGCGACAAGAAACCACAAGGAUGAAUCUGAACAAAGGCUGGGCCCUAGAUAGUGUUGUUCUUUAUAAUGAAGUCACCAGAAUGAUGAAAGAAGAUGUUAAUGCUCCUCCUGCUGCAGAUAUUGGUGGUGUUUAUGUCUAUGGCCUAUUUCUGGAUGGAGGAGGCUGGGACAAAAAAAAUGUAAGGCUUAUGGAAUCAUCUCCAAAGGUACUGUUCACCUUGCUUCCAGUAGUUCAUGUGUAUGCCAUUAGUGCCACUGCACCUCCUGAUUCCAAGAAACAGCAGGGGGCGAUGUAUUCAUGCCCUGUGUAUAAGAAGCCCAGGAGAACUGAUCUGACGUUCAUCUUCUCUCUGUAUCUGAAAACAAUACAGUAUCCAGAUCACUGGACUCUGCGUGGUGUUGCUUUACUCUGUGACUCCAAAUAAACACAGAGAAAGCAAUGCAAAUUGUGCAAAGUUCAUUUAAGUAUUGUGUUUACUACAACCUGAAAUUAAAUGCUGAGAAUAUGUUUAUCCUUUUGCAUAAUCUUGUAAUGUAUGUGCAGCAUUCUGGAAGUUGUUUGAACAUGCCUUACAAAGUUUAGCAUUUAAUCUUGGAGAAUAGAGGAUUACUUCAACCUGUGUUACACCUUGCCAGAUCUCCAUUCACAAAUAUAAAAUGAUGAACAGGAAGUCUGCCUCAAAAUUAGGUAGGGUACAAAACAGGGUUUCAUCUCUUGAAUCCCCAAAGCCUUACCACUAUCUUCAUCUAUUAAGCAAUGUGAAGGAAUAUACUCCACUUGCCUGGAUGAAAGCAGCUCCAACAAUACCUACAACCUCAAGGAGAGAGCUGCCCCGUUGAGUAACACACCUUGCAUCACCCUAAACAUGCUCCUUCCGCACAGGCAAACAGUGUUUAUAGUUACUACAAUAUUUGAUAACAUCAAUGACUUCGAUCAGCAAGAAGAACAAUGGAAACAGGAUCGUGGAAACAACACCCUGUAGGCUGUCCUCCAAUUCACACACCUGACUUUGAAAAACAAUUUUUCCAUCAUCUAAAUCCUCCCCAGGAGCAUUGUAGGUGUACCUCCACCAGACGAACAGCAGCAGUUUAACUGCCAUUGAGGAUGUAGUGGGAAUGAUCUUCUUAAAGAUAGUAAACCCUGUUGUCAUCACAUAAAAGUUCCAUUUAACAGGUAAAAAUCACAAGAAUGCCUUAUUGCAUUAAUAUUCUGAAAAGUUACUUUACUUUUAAAAGGGCCCUAAACAAUUCUCAUCAGAAACUCUUCA